AUGGCUCAUUUAGGUCUGGUGGCGUCGCCAACGGCAUCCACCGCCAUGCCCACGGAGGUCCACCCUGCCCUCAGCACCAACUCAGCCAACCCUGUUGCUGGCAACCCACAUCACCCAGAUGAUGCUGCUGCUGCUGCUGCUGCUGACGGCGCAUCAUCAACCGUCCCUGCCGACAAGGGCUCCCACUCAUCACCCACCACCUGCGCCGCGGCCUCCCCGGACUUACCGCAACCCCAGGCCGCCUCGGAUUCCAUUCACUUCUCCCACGAUGCCGACCAAGGCGAAUCAUCGCCAGAGCCUUCUGCUACCGGCUUGACGAGCCCAAACUCCGUGCUCCAGAACUAUAACUCGCACCCGCGCGGGCACCGCCAGAACGCCCUGUCUGUCGAGUCGGUCCCACGCCAAACUAUUAUGAAAGCACUGGCUUCCGUCGCCCGCAACAACAAGCCCGAGGCACUCUCUCUGAACGGCAUGCUGAACGCCCAUCCCGCCGACGACAGGCGACCGUCCACCUCUGCUACGUCGUCUCAGCAACUCACCGACGCCCUCUCCGAACUCGCCCACCAUACCAUGACGCCCACCACCGCCUUCCCUUCUCUGCAGUCGCCUUGCUUCUACCACAAUCGCUUCGAUGACGCCGUCGACAUCGACAAGGUUCUGGAGGAGAUCAAGAACGAUGAGUGGAUGUCACACUCCAGACUUGUCCAGACUGCCACCGGCGUCCGGGAAGUAUCGAAACAACUCCAGCGGAGGCCCAUUCGCCGGGCUGUGCGCAACGUCAUGAUAGUCACCAAGGCCCGCGAUAACGACCUGGUGUAUAUGACCAGGGAGUUGACCAUGUGGUUGCUCAAGACUCCUCGGUACGGCUCAGAUAUUGGCAUAAACGUCUACGUUGACGCCAAACUGCGCAACUCGAAGCGCUUCGGGGCCGCCAGUAUCAUAGACGAGGAUCCUCGUUACCAGUCCAUGCUCCGUUACUGGUCCCCUGACCUAUGCUGGACUCAGCCAGAGAAGUUCGACCUCGUGCUAACUCUGGGAGGUGAUGGUACCGUCUUGUUCACGUCCUGGCUGUUCCAGCGGGUUGUUCCGCCGGUCCUCUCAUUCAGCUUGGGCAGCUUGGGUUUCCUGACAACAUUCGAGUUUGAAAAGUAUAAGCAGCAGCUCAAUAGAAUUAUGGGCAGCGAAGGCAUGCGCGUUAACCUACGCAUGCGCUUCACUUGCACCGUUUUCCGCAACGGGACGUCCGGACAAGGAAUGGAAGAGGGCGAACAGUUUGAGGUGCUCAACGAGCUCGUCAUUGACCGCGGCCCGUCGCCCUACGUCUCCAACCUGGAGCUCUAUGGAGACAACGAGCUCCUGACUGUGGUGCAGGCCGAUGGCUGCAUCUUUUCCACACCAACAGGGUCAACAGCAUACUCUCUCUCUGCUGGAGGUUCUCUUGUUCAUCCGGAUAUCCCUGCUAUCCUCCUCACCCCAAUUUGCCCUCACACAUUGUCUUUUCGGCCAAUGGUGCUUAGCGACACAAUGCUUCUCCGCGUUUCCGUUCCAAGGAACUCGCGGGCCACCGCGUACUGCGCUUUCGAUGGCAAGGGUCGGGUAGAGUUGAAACAGGGCGAUCACGUUACCAUCACGGCGUCGCAAUAUCCAUUCCCUACAGUCAUGAGCACUGGUACCGAGUGGUUCGACAGCGUUUCUCGCACCCUGCAGUGGAACACACGAGCUGCCACGCAGAAAGGCUUUGACAACAAGACAGACGAGGUCGCCACAAUUAAGGAGGAGGAGGAACCCGAAUGGGACAUCGACACCGAUAGCGCCUGCUAUGCAAGCGAGGACGGCAGCAUCAGCGCAAGCCCGUUGCGAAGGCAGAUGAGCCUCUUGGGGAUGAACUAG